ACAAUUCUAAAGAAUCGGCAUAAAAUUCAGCUCCCUUGGUCCGACCCGGUUAUGGACCCAAUAACAGAGCUCAAGUUAUUACAUUCUAUGGUCACUUCUAAAAGAAAACAGUUCCCGAUCAUUCUCAAACCACGUCGUCCUCUCUAUUUCGGAAGACUAGAGAAGAGCCUUGCAUCAACGAUAUGGCAGCAGAAAAUGUCCAAAAUGAGAAGACACCAUCCCCUGUUACCCCAAAUCCAUCCAUGACUUCGUGUCGGAAGAAGAAGAGCGAACAAGUAACUUUUCUAGAAGAUAUCAAGGAUCACAUGGAUGAAUUCAUUCAUGCUUCCAUGGAUGAACACAAAACCUGCUUCAAGAAGACCAUCCAUAAGAUGUUUGGCAUGUCAAAAGUUGUUGCCGAAAGGAAUGCUGAGGCUAAAGAGGUUGAGAGUUCUCUGCCCCUGCAAACAACAUUGGCUGAGUAGGAUUUUUAGCAUCUCUUGACAUGAUGGGCUAGUAUCAAUAGAGUAGAAAAGAAUGGCAUCUGACAUUUCAAUAUGCUGUCAAUGUUCUAUUGAUCUAUGGAAAUUGGUUGAUAUUAUUGAAGUGGAUAGAUUCACUGGUUUUUUCUGCUCUUUGCACCAGUCAACUUGGUGGUGGGAUCGGGACUAUGAAAGAUCUACCAAGUGUGUGUUUCUUAAUCUAUGUUUCUCUGCUUUACACCCGUAAAGUUACUAUAUGUAUGUCAUUCUGUUUCUCAAAAGAUCAUUAGGAUGCUUGGAACCUAUUGACAUGAUGGACUAGGGUAUACAAGAAUGAUAUAUGACAACUGCCUAAGUUGUCAAUGUGAUGUAUUAGUAUUGCAAUUAUUUUGUAAAACUUGAUUUCAUUGAAGUGGUGUUACUUUGCACCAGUGAAUUGUUUGUGGGAUCAGGACUAUGAAAGAAUGACGAAAGUGCUUAAACUACCCUAAUGUUGUUCAAUGAAUCUCAUGUAACUAAGUUUCAAUAGAUAUGUUUCUACUACACCCAUAAAGAAAUAUA